AUGUUCAGUCUAAUGAUGUUGCUAGCGGGGCUCAGUGGCUUGCUAACGUCAAGACCCGGUAAGCCCGAGGAUGCCCUGUUUUUUACUCCGGGACAGGUAUCCUAUAUUAUUCCAAUAGAUGAGAAACUGUAUACCGUGCACCUUAGGCAAAGAUUUUUUUUAGCAGAUAAUUUCAUGGUUUAUUUGUAUAAUCAAGGAUCUGUGAAUUCUCAUUCUUCAAAUAUUCAGACUCAAUGCUACUACCAAGGAUAUAUUGAAGGAUAUCUGAAUUCUGUUGUCACACUUAGCACGUGCUCUGGACUGAGAGGAAUAUUGCAGUUUGAAAAUCUUUCUUAUGGAAUUGAGCCUCUGGAAUCUGCAGUUGGAUUUCAGCAUCUUCUUUAUAAAUUAGGAAAUGAAAACAAUGAAUUUGCAGUUCUUACUGAAAAUAACCAAGACACAGAACAAAACCCAAUGGACUAUAAUAUUUUCAUAAGUGAAAAACCAGAAUCAGCUGUUCCAGAUUUAAUUCCUCUCUAUCUAGAAAUGCAUAUCGUGGUGGACAAAGUUUUGUAUGAUUACCUGGGCUCUGAUAGCAUGAUGGUAACAAAUAAAGUCAUUGAAAUUAUUGGCCUUGUAAAUUCGAUGUUUGCGCCAUUUAAAAUUACUAUUGUGCUGUCAUCUUUGGAAUUGUGGUCAGAUAAAAAUAAGAUCUCUACUGUUGGUGAGGCAGAUGAAUUAUUGCAUACAUUUUUAGAAUGGAAAAAGUCUUAUCUUACCCUAAGACCUCAUGAUAUUGCAUAUCUAUUCAUCUAUAGAGAUUAUCCAGAUUACGUGGGAGCAGCAUUUCCUGGAAAGAUGUGUGUUACCAGUUAUUCUGCAGGAAUUGCUUUGUAUCCCAAGGGGAUAACUUUGGAGGCAUUUUCAAUUAUUGUCACCCAGAUGCUGGGACUCAGUCUGGGCAUAUCAUAUGAUGACCCAAGGAAAUGUCGAUGUUCAGGAGCCAUCUGCAUAAUGAGUCCAAAAGCCAUGCAAUCCAGUGGUGUGAAGACUUUUAGCAGUUGCAGUUUGAGUGACUUUGAAAAUUUCAUUUCAAAUAUGGGUGUCCAGUGUCUUCAGAAUAAGCCACAAAUGCAGAGGGCUCCGGCAGCAAUCUGUGGAAACGGCAGAGUGGAGGGAAAUGAAAUCUGUGACUGUGGUACUGAGGAACAAUGUGGACCUGAUAGCUGUUGUAAUCCUCAAACUUGUGUGCUGAAACCAAAUACACAAUGUGAUAGAGGAUUAUGCUGCAACAACUGUCAAUUUAUGCAAGCAGGUGCUGUAUGUAGGCCCAUUGCACAUCCUGAAUGUGAUGUUUCUGAGGUUUGUAAUGGAAGCUCAGGAAGCUGUCCAGCUGAUAUAACUAUACACAAUGGACACAAAUGUAAAGGAGGAAAAGCUUUUUGUUUUGAUGGAGGCUGCCAAGAUCUUGAUGCACGUUGUGAGAGCAUAUAUGGAAAAGGUUCAAAAAAUGCUCCAUUUGCCUGCUAUGAAGAAAUACAGUCUCAAACUGAUAGGUUUGGGAACUGUGGUAGAGAAAGAAGCAGAUAUAAAUUUUGUGCAUGGAGGAAUCUUAUAUGUGGCAGAUUAAUUUGCACCUACCCCUUUCAAACUCCUUUCCUUCGAGACGGUGCUUCUGUGAUUUAUGCUUUUGUACGAAAUACUGUAUGCAUAACUAUGCACUACACAACGACAGAUGGAGAAGAUCCAAUGAUGGUCAAAAGUGGCUCUAUUUGUGAUACUGGGAGGAUUUGUGUAAAUCGUGAAUGUGUAGAAUCAAGGAUACUUGCAGACAGAUCAUAUAAGUGUUCACUAAAGUGCAAUGGACAUGGAGUGUGCACUUCUGAGAUGACGUGCAACUGUUCUAGUGGCUACAGCCCUCCAGAUUGCCGAGCGCGCUCCAGAAUAUCUUCCAGAUUGCCUGGGGGACAGGGUUUAAUCAAGGAAAGAGGUUUUGAGAAGGCUGGGAAGAAGCAGUGGCUUUUGGGUAUCUACAUUGCUUUACCUGUUCUCAUCGUAGCAACCAUAGUAGCUGUUUCAUGGAAGCCUUUGAAAAAGUGGUUCAGCAAGAAAGAGGAACCCCAAAGUAGCGAGUCCUCGUCAGAAAGUAGUAGCCAAACAGAUACUGUCAGGAUCUGCGAAGGAAAGAACGCCUACAGACGUCAAGAAAUCAAACUGUUCUUGGUCCUAAUAGAGGCGGAACGUACAAAGGGCUAG